AUGGGGGAUGGUGAAAAUCACAUUGAAGUGUUUCUAAAGUUCCAGAGCCUGAUGGGUAACCCUGACUAUAGUUCUAGUACUGCAGCAAUAUUUCUUCUAAAAAUUCUCAAAAUUAAUUCAGGGAUUAAUGUCAUUACUUCUCAGUCCAACAAGCACAGCCUCCUCUUCUUCAUCAAACACUCGGUAUUGUCUCCCUCCCAACCUGUCAAAGCUCAAUCCCAGGUUUACUCCGCAACAGUAACUUACCCGGACAAUCUAACUUCCCCUGGGAGUAGCAGUCCACAGGCCUGCUCCCUUCCUAGUCCCCGUCGGCCACUCUCACGCCCACCCCCGGCGGUCGCAACCCCGCACCCGGGUAAACACGCGCCCCCGUCUCGGGAGCGGUUUCUCCGCGUCCUGGGAGCUGCGGGUCCCGCCCCUCGGCGCCCGGAGCCCGGAGCCCAGAGCCGGCCGGGCGACCGUCGCGGCUCCCUCGGGUCGCUCUCCCCGCAGCGAGCGCCACACCUCGCGCCCCUGCCCCCGGGACGGCGGCGCGCUCCAGCCCGCCCCUCGGAGCGCACAGAGACCGGCCAGUCCGGCGCCGCGGCGCCUCAGCCCCAGACGAACGACUCGCCCCUCCCCGCCCGGCGCCCCAGCGCCUCCCGCGGCGGCUCGGCCCCAGCCCCGGCACCCCCACGCCUAGGAACAGCCCCUUCCUCGCCCGGACGCCCCGCGCCACACCAGACACAGCCUCGGCUCCACAGCCUCAGAGACGCCGAGGGACACUCACCCCGGAGGCUCCUCCCGCCGCUGCUGCUGCCGCUGGGACCGCUGCCGUCGCCCCCGCCGCCGCCGCCACCAGCACCGCCGUCCGCACUGGCGCCAGCACCCCCAGCCAUCCUCCUCCCACCGCCGCCGCCGCCCUCUCCUCUCCUGUCAGUGGCUCAGGCUCCGGGACUGCUCCAGGUUCCCUUCUCCGCCAUUUUGACUCCUAGAGGGAGCGGGAGGAGCUCGGCUCCGCGCGGCCCUGGGGCGCCUGCGCGGCGCUGCGGAGCCGGCCGGAGCCCCCGCCCUCCCCUGCCGUCGGCGCGCUCAGGGUCACGUGACCCGACGUCGCCGCGCGCGUCGGGCCGCGUGGGGGGUGGUGCGUUCGCUGGAGCCAUGGGAGCUGAGUGCGCGCGCAUUAUUCUUGGUCGUCGGGUGGGAGCGGGGUGUCGGGUCGGUGGGAGUUUGCAGCUUGUGGCAACAUCCUGCUUAUUCCAGCGAAUUGCGACACAUUAUUAAAUGUAUCAGAAUAGAGUUAUGAGAACUGUGUCACUACUACGUCACCGGAUGGCCAUUUCCACCAGUUCAUGUUUCCGUUCGGCGGCCGGCAUCCCUCGGGUGGUCGCAUGCAAUGAGUGCAUCUUUCUCGAAGAGAACUGCUCUUGCGCGGAAAGUCCUUGCUGACAGUCCUGGCAUUCCGGUGGCUGCUUCUUGGCAGUGAGCACUUGUCUAUCAGUCAUGCUGUGUCACCCAGGCUGGAG